AUGGAUUACAAAGCUGCAUUAGUGAAUGGAAUCGACUCAGAUUCAAAGGAUAAUUCAGAUGCGGUAACGAGUCAUAUCGGAAGCGUGCCAGUCACUGUCCAGCGGAAGCCGUUCCUUCAGCCAGAAGAUGACGUGAAGCUCUCACAUACAGGAACACCUAGAGCUAAUAUAGCUGCGACAUACGAGCAUCCCGAAGGCACACAGGAAGGCAAUUGGGCGAGGGAGCACCAAAACCAGACGGUUUUGCAGCAACAUUGCGAUUAUUUCGACCAGGACAAGGACGGCAUCAUCUGGCCUUUGGAUACAUACAGAGGCUUCCGCGGACUGGGCUUCAAUAUCCUGCUCUGCCUGGUUUCCGUCUUUGUUAUCCAUUUCAACUUUUCCUACCCGACAGUCCCUGGCCACCUCCCCGAUCCCUUUUUCCGCAUCUACCUCAAGAACAUUCACAAAGACAAGCAUGGAAGCGAUAGCGGGACAUAUGACAGCGAGGGACGCUUCGUUCCUCAAAAGUUUGAGGACAUGUUUUCCAAAUACACCGAUGACAGGGAUUACAUUACUGUAAAAGAUGUUUGGAAUCUGCUCAAGGGUCAGAGAGUGCUGUUCGACCCUUUUGGAUGGGCAGGAGCCGUUUUGGAGUGGCUUGCAAUUUACAUCCUGCUUUGGCCCGAGGAUGGACGCAUGAUGAAGGAGGACAUCCGGAAGAUGUACGAUGGAAGUCUGUUUUAUGAGAUUGCAAGGAAGAGGAAAACUGCAGGCAAAUAG